ACCGGUUUGAACCGGUGCCAUUUUAAAAAAAAACCCCCGGUUUAAGGCGCGUCUUCUUCUUUAAUUCAUUUCCUUGCUCUUUCCUCUUCGUUCUCGUCUAAUCUGCCUCUCUCUCUCCUCCAUUGUAGCGUACUCGAAUUUCUCCAUUGAAGGGGCUUCUGAGCUUUCUUAACACUCUGUCUCUCUUCUUCGAUCUCAUUCUCCAUAACCGUCACUUUUCCUUUCCUUUCUUCUCUCUUUCGAUCUCCUUCUCCUUCUCUCUUUCUACAAUAUUGGAGGUUAGGGUUUCUGGGUGCGUCUAUUUGAAUCAAUUCAAUGUGCGUGCGUGUUCAACAACAACAAAUUCGAAUCAAUUUCGAACCAACAAUCAGAAAUUCGAGUUGUGGUGAUUGAUUGUUAAUGCCCAAAGCUGCCUCUCGAUUGAAUGGAGAAGCUUGUAAGUAUUUAGACCAGUUGGCUCUUUCUGUCUUUCACUGAAAACUCAUGAUACAACUUCACUUUUUUAAUAUCCUUCCUGAAUUUGCUGUUAUGUACUCUCUCUACAAGACUACAACUAUGGAAAGAAUAGGAUGAUAAAAUGUGUGUAAAAUAAAUGAAUUUAGCCUAUAUGCAUUUUGAACCCUGUUGAAAAUUUUGGACUUCAAGAAAGUAUUACCUUUUCUUUUGCUUUCAUAAAUUCAUUCCCCUUAAUUGCACUUUGCUCAUUUUCCCAUCCUAGCUGUAUUAUUGCUCUAUACAGAAUUGCUGCUCAAAGUUAUAUUGUAAAAAUGAUAGGUGAUGAAUUGAUCCUGCCAGGUCUUAAAAUGUGAAUAUGUUGUUUGUGGAGCGAUUGUUACUCAAGCCGAGGGUUUGAUGUAACGGAGAUUUUAGAGGAUAGCCAAGACGAUCUUGAGGGAUUGGAUGCCUCGGCGUCACAUAUUGCAAAUCUAUUGUCAACAGAGCCUGCUGAUGAAAACAUUUGAAGAAUAUACUGACAGAACUGCUUUUGAGAGGCCACUCACCAGUGGUGUUGCCUAUGCAUUGAAUGUUACUCACUCUGAGAGGGAGAAAUUUGAAAAGCGUCAGGGAUGGACUAUAAAGAAGAUGGAGCACGGGGAUCAGACUCUUGUACAAGAUUUUGAUCCUGCAAAGAUGGAUCCUGCACCCAUUCAAGAUGAAUAUGCACCUGUUAUAUUCUGUCAAAGAACAGUAGCUCAUAUUGUCUCUAUAGACAGGAUGUCUGGAAAGGAAGACCGUGACAAUAUUUUGCGAGCCAGGGCAACUGGAAAGGGUGUCUUGACUUCUCCAUUUAAGCUACUUAAAUCUAAUCACCUGGGAGUAGUACUUACUUUUGCUGUCUAUGACCAUCAGCUUCCACCAGAUGCCACUCCAGAGCAACGCAUAACAGCAACUAUGGGGUAUGCUGCAAAUGUUGAUGGAUACUGAUCUGGAUGCUGAUCAACUUGAUUAUGCCCAGACAGCUCAUGCCAGCGGAAAGGAUCUCAUUUCCAUUAUUAAUGAGGUUCUUGAUCAGGCCAAGAUAGAAUCAGGCCGGCUUGAGCUUGAGGCAGUGCCCUUUGAUUUGCGUAAUAUCCUAGACAAUGUUGUUUCUCUAUUCUCGGGAAA